AUGCACGGCGAGAAGCCGCAGAAGCGAAACUGGCAAGAUAUUCCCCGCCCGGACGCGGUGAGAAACCUCGACGCCCCGAUCAAGUUCGACUCUACUACGUUUUCCCUGCGGCUCCCGUUUGUCGGCGAGGAGGCCAUUACCAAGCACAUGUGUAGAGCAACCGCUACAGGGACGUUCAUUCAGUCGUAUAGAAUGGACGACACUGCCGACGUGUACACCGACUUGUGGCCGGUGUUGACCGAGAUGGCCAUGAACCUGUCCGUGGCGGCCGCUGAUAUGUACAACGGCUUUGACGACAUCACAUGGAUCGGAGACUUUGAAGAGUCCAUCAUCUGCGACCUGGACCUCUCCACCCUUCUGGUGGAGGUCACCUACGCGCAGAUCACCGGUAACAGCCAAGAGGAGCUGUUCCAGUCCCUGCUCAGUAAUCAUGAGAGCACUCUGCAGGACAAUGAGUUCAAGAUCAUCUCUGGCACUUGUGCGCAGCCGCAUCAGCCUCUCUACCCCGGAAAUCCUGACUACGACUACUACUGCUGGUUCUGGUUCGUGAAGAUGGCCACCACUCUCACAUCGGACACCUGCCUCUGCACGCAGACCGCCGGCAACUGCUGCACUCGCGAGCUCAACCCCAGCAUCACCUACCUCUAA